GCUUUUUUCCCAUUUUUUUUCUUUUUUUGGUUUUUUCUUUUUUUUUUUUCUCAAAGAAUCCUAAUUAAGUUAAAUUGGGAAGUAUAAUGGUCAUUGUGAAUUGACCGGGAAACUAGUGAUAAGCAUAUACAUAACAAUUGAAUUCUAUAUACAUAAUGUUGCCAGUCCAAAUGGUGUAGAAAAAAGUUUAAUUUGAUGCAUUGCUUCAAUUUUUGGUUACAAGCCUAUCAAAUGCAUCCAAAUGGCUAGGAUUCAUGGGAUGUGUCAAAUUAAGCCUCCUUAUGCCAUUUGACGCCCUAGUAUCCAACCGCAAAUAAUGUACAUCAACAUUGCCCUUUUCGCUACUUGCCCUUAUGCAACUCAACGCCCUGUGAUGGUCAACAUAUUGUCCACCUAUACCUAUCAAAAGUAAAAUUUUCAGAACAAAAAGAAAUGAUGGUAGUUAGUACACUUGUUGUCUGAUUCAACUAGCUUUGUAAUGCACUCGUGAUUCUAAUUAUUUGUCUUUUUAUUUCCUAUAAUGAAAAGCAACCAAACUCUGCUCAUGAAGAUUGUGAUUUUUCUACUUGGAUUAGAUGCAGUUAGCGUAAGUGAAAUAGAGGCUCUUUAUGAACUAUUUAAGAAGAUUAGCAGUGUAGUAAUUGAUGACAGUUUAAUCAACAAGGAAGAGUUUCAAUUGGCGUUAUUUAAGACGAACAAAAAAGAGAGCCUGUUUGCUGAUCGGGUAUUUGACUUGUUUGACACAAAACAUAAUGGCAUCCUAGGCUUUGAAGAAUUUGCCCGCGCACUCUCUGUAUUUCAUCCGAAUGCCCCUAUUGAUGAUAAGAUUGAGUUUUCGUUUCAAUUGUACGAUCUCAAGCAGCAAGGUUUUAUUGAGAGGCAAGAGGUGAAGCAAAUGGUAGUGGCAACUCUUGCAGAAUCUGCUAUGAACCUUUCAGAUGAUGUUAUAGAGAGCAUCAUUGACAAGGUGCUCCCUCAACCUGAGUUAAUUAAAGUAACAUCUAUUUAUCAUAUAUAUGACUUUAAUUAGCUCUAGGCAUCCAUAUCUAAUGUAAUAGUAUGUGCCUUGUUUUCCUCAUCCUUAUCCUUUUCAUUUUUAAUUUAAUUUAAUUUUUUCUAUCUUGGUUCUUUUCUCCUACGAGUCAUACGAAUUCAAAUUUAUUUUGUUACGCUCUUUGUACACUCUGUUUCUAAAAUCAAGCAGUUAAACUAGGGUGUAAUGUUCUAUAAGGAGGUAAUUUACUCUAAAAGUGCUUUAUUCA